GCUUUCUUUUUCUGUUAACACAAUAUGUGAAGUUGAUGAAAAUAAUUCAUUCACGUCAUGUUCGUUUUUGUUCUUUUACUGCUUGUAGUUGAAACGUAUUAACUUAUUUUUAAUGAUCAGCAAACAAAUGCUUUUAGAUAAAUGUGAAAACAAUUAUAUCGAGAAAAUUAUUUCUGUACACUGAUAAAUGUACAGAAGUACAACAAAGUUUAUAAAUUAGAGGAUGAAUGUUGAUCAGUAUUUAAUAACUGAUACAUGAUCAGAAAAUUGCAUUUUGAAUUUUUAUUUUAGAUGCCAAGACAAGAACGAAGUUCGUAUGCAGGAGGAGGACAAUGAUGCGGAAACGUUUGCAUUCCAAGCUGAGAUAGGCUACUCAUUGAGCAUCAUCAUCAACACCUUCUAUUCCAAUAAAGAAAUCUUUCUUCGAGAACUGAUUUCAAACUCAUUGAAUGCACUUGACAAAACCAGGUGUGAAUGUCUCACAGAUCCUAGCCAACUGGACCUGUAAAGAGUUAAAAUCAUUCCGAACGAGGAGGAUAGAACCUUGGCCAUCAUUGACACCGGUAUUGGUGUAAGCAUUGCAGAUUUGGUAAACUUGGUGAUUUGGUAAACAACAGAUGUCUUAUUUUUUAAUUUUUUAUCAAGGAAAAUAUUUUCCUAUUAUAAAAUUGCAAGUAAUUGUAUUCUGAAAAGUGCAUUGAACUCUGCUUAAUUAUUGAUUUCCAUACACCAAAUGAUGCAAAUUUUUUUAUGAACAAAAAUGCUAAUUGUGAAAAUGGACAACCAUAAUGAUAACGAUAGUUUUCAAAAUAUAGAAUUUAUUCAUCAUUGGUUUUUAUUAACAUUGAACAUUUGUACAUAUAUUUAGCUACUAAUCCAUUUUUAAUCCUUUUAGGUGCAUUCUGAUCAAAAAUCAAAGAUUAUAAAUACCUGAGUAAAUUGGUUCAUGAAAUGCAUGAAUAAAAUAAAAUAAUAAUGCUUAAUUAAGCAUGAACAAAAGUAAGAAAUUAUCACCUGAUGGCAAUAAAUUGGUGAAGCUCAGCUCAGUUUUACUGUUGUUACAGUAAGCACCACAGAUGUUAACAAGUAUUUUACA